CCACCGCAACCCGCCGGCCGCCGCCGCCCUUGCGAUGGUGGCGAGCAGCUCGCUGGAGGCGGUGCGGAGAAAGAUCCGGAGCCUACAGGAGCAUGCGGACGCAGCGGAGGAGCGGGCGGACAGUCUGCAGCACGAGCUGGACCUUGAAAGGAAGCUGAGGGAGACCGCUGAAGCUGAUGUAGCUUCUCUGAACAGACGCAUCCAGCUGGUUGAGGAAGAGUUGGAUCCUGCUCAGAAGCGUCUGGCAACAGCUUUGCAGAAGCUGGUGGAGGCUGAAAGAGCAGCAGAUGAAAGCGAGAGAGGCAUGAAAGUCAUUGAAAGAAGAGCCCAAAAGGAUGAAGAAAAAAGGGAAAUUCAGGAGAUCCAACUGAAAGAGGCCAAGCACAUUGCUGAAGAUGCCGACCGAAAAUAUGAAGAGGUGGCCGGUAAGCUGGUCAUCAUUGAAAGUGACCUGGAACGUGCAGAGGAGCGGGCUGAGUUCUCAGAAGGCCAAGUUCAACAGCUGGAAGAGCAAUUAAGAAUGAUGGAUCAGACCUUGACAACAUUAAUGGCUGCAGAGGAUAAGUACUCUCAGAAGGAAGACAAAUAUGAGGAAGAGAUCAAGGUCCUUUCUGACAAGCUGAAGGAGAGGUCAGUAACUAAAUUGGAGAAAAGCAUUGAUGACUUAGAAGAGAAAGUGGCUCAUGCCAAAGAAGAAAACCUUAGUAUGCAUCAGAUGCUGGAUCAGACUUUCCUGGAGUUAAACAACAUGAGAAAACCUCCUUAGCUAAGGCCACAUUCUUUUAUUUUAUUUUUUGUUGUUUUGUUUCUAAACUCCUGCUUACCAUGAUACCCCUUAAAUGCAUUU